GCAAAAGCGACGCGAUUUUAAACAAUUGCAUUUUGAGAGAAAAAUCUGAGAAAAAGUUGAACAAAAACUUGUGAUAAUCGUUGCUGGCUGUGAACGCCAAAGAAUUUGUUAAUAUUUGUGUAAUUAUUUAAGGAAACGGCGUCCUUAGCCACGUCGUUCGCCAUCGAAUAACAAUUUAACUUCGAUGUAAUUUUUUUCUUCAUCAGACCUUUUGUUCCGCUCAAGACGUGUCUAAACCUCCAUAAAGUCCAAAAGAGCCUGACACAGAUAUAUAGCGAGCAUAUUUGCAAACAACAACAACAAAAAUCAUAUAUUUACUAUUUAAAGAAAUACUAAACCAAUUAUUUUGUAAGUAACUUUUAUCAAAGCAAAUCAACAUUUAAAAAAAAAAGUAUCCAACAGCAACGAGUGAUUAACUUCGACAAAGAGAAAAUAUUUCUUGAAAAGAAGUACUGAUUCCAUUUAUGUGAAAAUAAAACAAAAGCAUAGAGUUACCAAAACCUUUUUUCUCCAAGAGAAAUAUAUAAUAGUAUAUCAAACCAACAACUUAACCCCAAUAUAUAGCUGUUAAUGCUUUUUGAAAAGACCUCCAAAAUCCCAUUCAAGGCAAAUCCGACGAGAUAUGCAAACUUCAAACACUCCAUAGAGCUGUAGUAAAAUAAUACAAACAAAACAAAUCUAAAACAAGCUGAAGAGAAAAGAAUUAACAAUAUCUACUCUAAUAGGCAGGCAGACAAAAGAUCGAUACAAUCGUCGUUGGGCAGAAAAGGAAUUCAACAAGCGGCUUGGUGGUGAAAUAGAAAGCGAAUUACACUAUUUCCAUACUCCCACAAGUCACCAGCACCCCCUCUCUCCCUCCAGAUGUGUUGUUAGUCAUUUUUACUAAAAAAAAAGAAGACUCGAUUGCGUCUGCAGAGAAGGACGGACAACAAUCAACAAAACUAUUUAUUUACAAAAGAGGUUGUAUUAUUUGUUUGGGACGCCAGCAUCACCUCCCCCCCAAUAGUCGUUGAAACUCCAAAACAAACAAGGAUCUAGUAUUCAAUAGUCGAAAAGAAGAAACUUACCAGUAUCAGCAACAUAUUCUCUUUUUUUAUAUAUACAUGUAUAUAACUCAGUUAGUAACUAAAGCUAGAUGUUCGUCGUGUUUCGCCUGUGUGUUUUUGUAAGCAAUAACAGUUUGUAAUUUCUGGCACACUUCGAAGGGAUAUCAAACAGUCGAAGCAGAUUCACGAACAUCAACGUGUGAUCGAAAGCGUGUUUGGGUCCAGUUCUAAUUCGCCGCCUUCAAAAAUUCAGCCGAGAGUGUGCAGGGAGAAAAUUAAGAAGCGAAUCAAUAGCAAAGCAAAAUAGGAGCAAUAUCAACAAAAAUCAUUAUUUAUUGAUUUAUACAUUCUCUACAUACGUAUAUGAUAUGAUAUAAUUUUUACAACAACUUCAUAUUUUAUUGUGAAAAUCUGCAAUCAAUCAUAGACAAAAAAAAAAAAAAAAUAGCCAACCAACAACAACACAAGUAAAUCACCUGUUAACAACAAACUACUUUAUCCAUUAGCUCGUCAUAAACAAGGAAAACAAAGGCUGCUGUCCCUCUAGGAAACAACCACAAAAUAGCAAAAAAAAAAAAAAACAAAUACUAAAAAUCAAUACAACUACAACAACAACAAAAGAAAAGCUCAGGGGAAUUAACAAAAAACAAAAACAAAAGAAGUUGUAAAAUCAGCAAACCAUACAUUUUUUAGGAUAAAAAAAGGAAAACACAUAGCAUAAGUAGUUCUACGAAAGGCUAAGACAAUUUGCCAACAACAACAGAAAUCCAAAAAAAACAAAAAAGAAGGAAGAAGCAAACGAACGUUUAACACAACGUGGAAGAUAAUAGAUAGCGUUUAGUCAAAAAUCUCAUCUUGAAGCCAUUCAUCCAUCCAUAACACUUUUCUGAGGCCAAUAGUCGUCGCUGCAAAGCCGACAACACAACAGCAACAACACCAACAAACAGUAGAAAACAGCCAUAAUGGACGAAUCACAACCGAAAACGUUGUAUGUAGGGAAUUUGGAUGCAAGCGUAUCGGAAGAUUUAUUGAUUGCCCUAUUUAGUCAAAUGGGUACAGUGAAGAGCUGUAAAAUUAUACGAGAACCCGGUAAUGAUCCCUAUGCAUUCAUUGAAUACACCACAUACCAAGCAGCCACAACAGCCUUAACAGCCAUGAAUAAGCGUCUCUUUCUCGACAAAGAAAUCAAGGUUAAUUGGGCCACCAGUCCCGGUAAUCAGCCUAAAACAGACAUCAGUUCACAUCAUCAUAUCUUUGUGGGCGACCUAAGUCCUGAAAUCGAAACUGAAACCUUGCGUGAAGCAUUUGCUCCCUUUGGAGAGAUCUCUAACUGCCGCAUUGUACGUGAUCCACAGACUAUGAAAUCAAGAGGCUAUGCAUUUGUCUCGUUCGUUAAAAAAGCCGAAGCCGAAAAUGCAAUACAAGCCAUGAAUGGCCAGUGGAUUGGUUCGCGUUCGAUACGCACCAAUUGGUCGACACGUAAAUUGGCACCACCCCGUGAGAACAGCAAAGCGAAUACAGGCGGUGGGGGUGGUGGUAACAUGAAAUCGAAUACCCGACAAACAUUUGAAGAGGUCUACAACCAGUCCAGUCCCAUGAACACUACAGUAUAUUGCGGUGGUUUCCCGCCAAAUGUGAUUACCGAUGAACUUAUGCACAAGCAUUUCAUGCAAUUCGGUCAGAUACAAGACGUGCGCGUUUUCAAAGACAAAGGCUUUGCGUUCAUUAAGUUUCUAACAAAAGAAUCGGCGGCCCGAGCCAUCGAACAUACACACAACUCGGAGGUGCACGGCAGCAAUGUAAAAUGUUUCUGGGGCAAAGAAAAUGGUGGUAUUAAUCCUGCUGUAGUGAACGAUAAUCCAAUGACUAAUAUGGCCGCUGUAUCAGCGGGGGCAGCGGCUGCGGCUGCGGCAGGCGCCAUGAUGGGCCCGGCGGGUAUGCCAACGAUACCACAACAGGCUGCGGCUGCUGCAGCAGCAGCCAAUGCCGCAGCAGCUGCUGGUGGGGCGAUACCCGGCCAAAUGAUGACACAACAACAAUUGGCGGCUGCUGCAGCGGUACAAUAUCCAUAUGCAUAUCAACAAAUGGGCUAUUGGUAUCCGCCAGCUGGUUAUCCUCCAGCACAAAUGCAGACACAAUACAUGCAACAAGGCUAUUAUCCUUAUGCCUAUGCCGCAAGUACGCAACAGGCAGGAGGCAUGGCCACUGGCUACAGAAUGGUCCAGCCAAAUGUGGCUUGGGGGGUGCCCGGAACUGUCGUCCCUGGAGUGACUGCGGCAGCAGCUACAGCAGCAGCAAACGGUUCACUGGGGCCACAAAUGAUGUAUAGUGCUGCAUUGCCACAAUAUCAAACCCAAUGAAGCUUUUAAACUGGCAUGUUUUGUAAACAACAACAACAACAAAAACAUUGUUAAGUUCCAAACAACAAAAACAACAAGAUGAAGAAGACAACGCGCGAUAUAAAUCUAAUGGAAGGAGAAGGAGUGCUACACACACACACACAUGCCCACUGAUGUUCGUUUGUUUGUGUGUGGUGGUGGGGGCUGCAACAACUACUACUGCUGCUGCUGCUGCUGCUGAUGCUAAUGAAUUAACGUGAUGUAGUAACUAAUUAUUAAGGAUAAUAUAGCGAACAAGACAGCGAGAGAGAUAAGAGAGAAAGCGAAGCGAUGCAAUUCUUCAGUGGCAGUCAAACCAAAACGGAACAACCAUGCUACCACACACUCCUUGGAACACUUUUAAAACAUGAACAUGCAAACUGUUUCCCCGCCCCAACCACUACCCUCCCUUCCGACACAUAUUUUCACACACACACACACUCACCUGUACAUCAUACACAAUAAACCAUUGACAUCUGCAUCUAUCUACCUAUCUAUUUGUAUGUGAACGUCUAUGUGUGUGUGCGUGUGUGUGCAUUGAUCAACAACUCUUAAAGCCAACAAUCGAUAUAAAUAUAUAUACUUUUAUAUAUAUUAUAAUGUAUAUGUGUGAGUGAGUGCUUGAAAUAUGCAAAAUCACUUAACAUAUUAAUCUCUCGCUAUAUUCCUUGAUUGUUUGCGAAUAAUACAUGACAAUACACAUUGAAAGACAAACCACUACCACAACCAUAUAUAUACACACAUUUACAUAUAUUAGAUCACCCGUCCCCGCCGUAACUACAUAAUUUCAUAACUCCAAGGAGACCGAGUCCACCACAAGCCGCCAUCAUUCUCAAUUUGGGGAGGGAGAGAAGAGAACAAUCAAAAAAAUAUGGGACAACUCGACUGUUAUCUAUCUCCAAAUGGUGGAUAUCAAGUCGACAGCUUAACAAAAUCUAACCAACUUAAUUCAUCCGAAAGAAAACUUCAGCAACUCUUCCUGCCGCGUAUUCCUCCUCCACACACACACACCCACAUACAUCCACACACACACACUCCAUCAUCCUAAUGUAGAAAUGUUGUCGUAUAUCUUGUAAUAUUCGCUUACAAUCUCAAAACAUAAAAAAAACCAUAGAAGUUAGGUCGUUGUUAAUUAAAUUAUAUUUAAAAUAAAAACAAGAAUAAUUAUAAUAAAAACAAACAAAAAACAAAACCAAUUUGCAAAAAUAACUUUAUUAUAAAAACAAAAACAAAACAAGAAAUCCAAACAACAACAAAAAGAAAAAGAAAAACUUAAAUCAUCAAGUGAUUGAUCGUAAUGAUGAGGAGAAAAUUAAAUACAAAAACAAAAUAAAUAUCCUAUCACUUCGUCCUUUGCCCCUGCCCUUGAAAGAAAAAAAAAAAACAAAAACAAAUUGUCGUUAUCAUCUCAUUUCUUCUUUGCUUAGCAAAUGAAAAAUGAACAUGAGAAAAGCAAAAAAAAACCAAGAAUACAAUUUAUUAUUAAAAAAAACAUAAAUUAUUUUUUCUACAAAACAAACAAACAAAAAAACAAAAUCGUAUUUAUGUAUCGAAAAUAAAAGGAAAUUGUGUGAGGCAACCAAAACACCAAGAAUUCAAUACAAAAACAAAACAAACAUGGCUAACAACCAUAGACGAAAGAAAAGAAAAUCCAAUUUAACAUUAAGAAACAACUCCACUUUAAAAGAAACAACAACAACAAACACAACAGAGCCCCCCCAGCAAAAUGUUGUUGGUAACGCCGAAAACAAAACAAAACAAAAUGACUGGGAUUUUAAUCUCUUAAAAAUAAAAUCCAAAAAAAAAAAAACAAGUAAUAUUAUUAAUAAUACAAAACGUAUAUAAAUUUAUUGUUGAAAAAAUGAUGAUAAUUUAUUUUAUUAAACAAAAAACAAAAUAAAAAAAAACUUAGGAUGAAGUUAGAAAGUAACAAAUACGAGGAGGAGAACAUUACAAAAAACAAAGAUGACAAACACAACAAGAACAACAAAUCGAAGCAAAUUCUCACUAAUCCAUAAAGCAAAAAAACCAACCAAUCUUUAUAUUUAAGCAACGCCAUUUUUAGCGUUACAAAAUAUGAAAACAAAAACAAAACAGAAAAAAAAACUGAAAUAGAAAAACUAACUAAAAACGAAAGAUGAUAAAUGCGUUUUAUGUAUAAAAAAAGAACAAACAAUAAAUAAAAAAUCAACUGAAA